UUAUUAUACAAUGAACAUAAAUUGGACAAGAACCUGAGAAGACCUACUAAGUCCAGAAAAAGGUGAUGCUCUGGAUCUUCUCCAGCUUGAACAAUCAUGCCAUGACCAAAAGACAGUAGAAGAUGAGAAGAGUGAUUCAGGUCAUGAUAAGUUCUCCUACUGAAAGCUUCGGCCUGAUUUUACUGGUCUUCUUCCUGAAGAGGUCUCCUUGUUUGAAAUGGAGGACCUUGCAUCUCAAGAUGUGAGUAAAAGCCUCCAAGCAGUCUCUGGUUCUAAAUCUGUUCUAAAGCUUGGAACUGAAAGAAGCAUCUGAACAAAAAUUAAUAACUCAGUUUCAGGAAGUAUUACAGUAGCAAAUUGAGUAACUAAGAAACAGAACGCUUCUUCAAGAUCCAAGAGAAGGAAGAAAUUGAGAAAGAGAGAGCCUAAUUACUCUAAAAUGGUAGACUCCAUUCUGGAAGAUAUUGAGAUAAGCUCUAACCUCAAUAAACCUCCUGAAAGAAGAGACGUUCUUCAUAAAAGAAUUCUUAGAGGAUUUAAAUAAAUAUAUUGCUAGUUUAUUUGAUUCUUGUAGAAUCAGGCCAUGCAGAAUGCGUACCAGGGAUGCCUCUUUUAAGGAGAUCUUGGUUACUCAAGCUCAUAAUAUAAACCUCAUAGAAGGUGAAGAUGCUUCUGAAAAUAAAGACUUGAAAGAGCUAGUAUGUUGGAUGGCGAUGAACAAAAAUACAUCAAAAGCAAAGUCAUUAUUUGAUCAAAAUAAUGAAUCAAUAACUCGUCUUGAGGAUCUGCUUGCCAAAUAUUCAAUUCAAAAGCUCAUGGAAGUUUGCCGGGAUAAGAAUAUAGCAAAAAUGUAUGACUUUUUCAUUAAAAAUGGAAUUAAGAAUUUUCUCGACAAAUGUCCAAAUCAUCUAAAGGACGUAUACAAGGACUACCUCAUGGGCAUCCACCAUAAAUUUAACUCUAUUUCCUAACAACCCUGCCCCAAAACGAUCUCCCACCCUUAAAAACCCACACUCCUCCCCUC